AGCAGCAUGUAUAAACAUGGCCCCUUUACACACCUAAGGGUUGUUGUUUACAUGCAUCCAUACAUGCCAUUUCGGCACCCUGACUGCUGUAGAAGACAAGAGAAAUAAACAUUUCUGCUUGACAGUGUUCAGCUUGAAGCCUCAGCACCUGUUCUACAGAGGAAGAUCACAUCAGACGGGGAAACCUUGUGGAUUUUAGCAAAAUAAUUCCUGUUUAGAUCUUCCGAAACCUGCUGCCACCAUUUCACCUCCAACAGCCAUGUACAGCUCCAGCUACUCCCGGGCCAAGUUUGGCCUGGAGGCAAGGGAGCCCCUGCACAAACCCAAAGGGAAGAGCUGCGGCUACUACAUGAGGAUCGUCUUCUUCUUUUCCUCUCUGAUCCAGUCUCUGAUCAUUGUCAGCCUGGUGCUCUUCCUCAUCUAUGGACAGCCAGAGAAGUCUGCAGAGGAGAAGAGGCUCAAGGAGCUGGAGCUGAACUUCAACAGGCUGAGUGAAAUCAACAUCCAGCUGAGAAAGGAGAAAGGCGAGUUGGGAGCUCAGCUGGGAGUUCGCACUGCUGAGAAAGGUGCUCUGGAGAAAGAGUUGACAAAGCUGAAGACUGAUGCCAACAACACAGAACAUGUGCUAAAAGGCAAAUUAGCUAACUGUGAGAAAGUGAGCGCAGCAACAUUUAGCACAAUGGCUCGACGUCCCACCCCUCCAAUCCAGCCUCCUGCUGUGGUCACUACAAGCAGUGAAGUGAAAACUCUGCAUAGCCUCAAUGCCCAGCAGAAAGCUAUGAUAAAGCUCAUUGAGGCAAACUUCACCCAGACGGUUCAGUACCUGAGCCAGGAGAGAGACACCGCUCUCAAAGACCGAGACACACACCACCAGGAUGCCAUCACCCUGCGCAGGGAGAACACCAUGCUGAAGGAGCAGCUGACCACCUACACAAGGAAGUGCAAAGAGGACUUUGCUCAUUCUUUGGACGGGAUCAAAACGGUGACCAGGGAUUUCCUGAACAGGAUCAACAACUUGUUUCCCCACCAGCUGACCUUUCACCUCACCUGUGACAGCCAGCAGGAGCAAAUGGAGAAGAUAAGAAACAGCUGCACGAACCUGUCCAGAGACGUGGAGAAUAAGUUCCAGCUGUAUUUAGACAAAGUGGGCAACAAGGUGGCUGAGAUCCAAGCCCUGUCUAGUCGUCUGGAGGUGCAAAACUCACGUUUGACCUCUGAUCUGCAGCAGUGUGAACGCAAUCACAGUGAGAUGGUCACAGAGGCUGCCAAGCAGCUACAGCUCAAACAAAAGACUCAUGAUGACCAGGUGGAGAAAUUACUGAUUGAGCAGAACCGGCUGAGAGAAGAGAAGAAGCUGCAGGAAGACAGUUUGGCCCUGAGAGAGAGAGAGCUACAGAUCCUCCAGCAAAAGCUCUCUGCUCAGACCAAUAGUAAGGUGAGAUGAAAUGAACCGGCAGAGUAAUAACUGAAGGAACCAGUGUUGCGCCACAGUCAUCAUCAUUUUGCCUUUAAAGAUUUUCUAAGGACAUGUAUAUAUGCCUGAUACAACACACUUCAACAUAACUUGUAAAUACUCUCUGAGUCCAUAUUAAUGACAUAUUUACUGUGGUUGGUCUGUGCAUGCUUUGUUUAGCUCUACUUGGAAUAGAAGAGUCAUGUGUCUUACUUGUGUUUGAGUUUAAACAUUUUCUGUGAAAAGCCUAGGUAUCUACCCAGGUAAAUGUAAAAAUUUUCAUGACACUGGUGUAAAUAUUUCUUAUUGCGUGUCACUCACUGUGAUUUGUGUAGUUAGGAAAACCAACACUUGGAAAUCUUUUCUUUACCAUGCAAUUUAAAUUAAAUUAACCAAAAACUGA